ACGUGGUGCUGUUGGGAAGUUCUGCAUUCCAUUGCAGUGUUCGGAAAAGAUUUGGUGAACCUUACCUUGACCUCAUGCAUUUCACUGAAGGGGAAGGAGAUGCAGACAUUAAUUGUCCUCUGCCUCAUACAGGCCUCUCUGCAAUUGUUUUCAUCUGAUGCCAACAACACAUUUGAUGCAGCACUCCAUGACAAUGUCAUUUUGUUCUGGAACAUUUCAUUUAAGUUGGACCCCAAAAGUGAUUUAGUUGUGCACAUCCAGAAAAGCGAAGAUUCUUCAGUUGACAUUGUUCGUUUAGAUCAAAAAGGACUAAAAAUAUUUCCAACAUUUGUUGGAAGAGUUCAGCUACUGCAAAACAGUUUCCCAAAUAAGGUUGUUGCUCUAAAGAUGGACAACGUCAGCAUCCAAGACACUGGAGAAUACAAGUGUUAUGCAUCGAUGCCUCUCUACAUAAAUCAGGGGCAGUGUCAUUUAAAAGUUCGAGCCCCAUGGAACCCAGUCCAGAAAAGCAAUGUCUCCAUGGGUAGUGGGGUAUACACCCUUCGCUGUGAGGCCAAAGGGUAUCCCCUAGGUACUCACACCUGGACAGAUGGACAUGGGAAGAAGUUGACUGACCAGGCCAAGUUCACAACCAGCAUUACCUCAGAGCAGCUUAUUCACAUCUACAGCCAAUUGAAUGUCACCAUCUCCACCCGUAGCAACUACACCUGCACUUUCAGUGAUGACAGAGGAGUUUCUCAGUCUGCCACCUUUGUCUUUCCUGACAAGGACAAGUCAAGACAUCACUAUUGGCUGAUCCCUGCUAUAGGUGGACUGGUGGUGGUGCUGGUAGUUUUAAACCUGAAACAUCAGUGUCUCCACACCAGCAGCUUACAGCAACAGGAGCCUCGAAAACCAAGCCGGGGCGGGCAUGGUGGAGUCAAGUGGGUAGGAGAAUGUUCGGAAAGUGUCAACAAUAAGCUUGACAGUGUGCCGCCACCACGGAGUCCAUACAAGUUAAUUACCGAAUGGAGCACAGACUUUUGACACUGAAGGAGGAGAUCUUGGUAAUCAACUUGUACAGACUUCCUCAAUGCACUUUCCUUUCCUUUGCGCUUUAUGCACAUCAUGUUUUUGUUUAUGUAGAAAUGGAAGAAAUGCUUCAUACAGUG